AUGCCUGUCUCGCGGUCUGUGACUUCAAUCUUGAGGACGUCCCGAACUGGCCUGUCCCGUUCCAGAGGUGUGAACCCAGUCAAUCGAGUCUUUGGCCACGACAGGUUCGGCGCGAGAACAUAUGCGGCGGCCUUCGAGAGGAACAAGCCUCAUGUGAAUAUUGGUACCAUUGGUCAUGUCGACCACGGCAAAACAACCCUCACCGCAGCCAUCACCAAACGACAAGCAGAGAAAGGCUUCGCGAAAUUCCUGGAAUAUGGCGCCAUCGAUAAAGCACCGGAAGAGCGAAAACGUGGUAUUACGAUUUCUACAGCACACAUCGAAUACCAGACCGAAGCUCGACAUUACGCCCAUGUAGACUGCCCCGGACACGCUGAUUACAUCAAGAACAUGAUUACUGGUGCUGCAAACAUGGAUGGUGCGGUGGUGGUGGUAGCUGCUAGCGAUGGUCAAAUGCCUCAGACACGAGAACAUCUCCUCCUCGCCCGCCAAGUCGGCGUGCAAAAGAUCGUCGUCUUCGUCAACAAAGUGGACGCGGUGCAAGACAAAGAAAUGUUAGAACUGGUCGAGCUCGAAAUGCGCGAACUCCUCAACACCUACGGCUUCGAAGGCGAAGAAACCCCUAUAAUCUUCGGCUCCGCCCUCUGCGCCCUCGAAGGCAAACAACCAGAAAUCGGCGUGCAGAAGAUCGACGAACUCCUCAAAGCCGUCGACGAAUGGAUUCCCACCCCGAACCGCGACAUCGAAAAACCGUUCAUGAUGUCCAUCGAAGAAGUCUUCUCCAUCUCCGGUCGCGGGACAGUAGCCUCCGGCCGCGUCGAACGGGGCGUGCUGAAGAAGGACUCGGAAGUCGAACUCAUCGGAAAGAACCCCACACCCAUCAAGACCAAAGUGACCGACAUCGAGACCUUCAAAAAAUCAUGCGACGAGUCCCGCGCAGGCGAUAACUCCGGCCUCCUCCUCCGCGGCGUGCGACGAGAAGACGUCAAUCGCGGCAUGGUCGUCGCCGUGCCCGGGACAUGCAAACCAUACACCGAAGCCCUGGUGUCCAUGUACGUGCUGACCGAGGAAGAAGGAGGCCGGAAGACCGGGUUCGGCGAGAACUAUCGACCGCAGAUCUUCAUCCGGACGGCGGAUGAGGCGGCGGAUCUCAAGUGGCCGCCGGAAACCGAGGAUCGUAGUAAACUGGUCAUGCCGGGCGAUAACGUCGAGAUGGUGCUGAGGACGCAUCAUCCCGUGGCGAUGGAGAAUGGACAGCGAUUCAAUAUCCGAGAGGGAGGGAGGACCGUGGCUACGGGGUUGGUGACGAGGGUGAUCAAAUGA